AUGGCUCUAUGGCUGGUGCUGGGCCAGCUGGUCCUGUUGCUGCACAUGAGGAUGUGGAUGUUGGGGCUGAUGCACCUGAGGCAGGCCCUGCCUAGGGGGGUGCUGGUGAUAGUCUCUAAUGGCAGUAGGACUGACAAGUGCUUCAAGGAUAAGGAUGUCAACUUUGUAGCUAAGGCACUUAGGGAGUACAGUGGUGAAGCUGUCAGCCCCACUAUUGUCAAGGUAUUUCUCCUGUUGAUGCAACCUCAAUUCAGUUCGCUCCAUGAGCCCUGGUGCAGUGGAGCGGAAGGAACUGUUGCCUCGCCCACUGAACAGCAAGCAAAUGCUCCGGUAGCUGCUAUGGACGCCAAGCUGAUGGUGGCCACAGGCAGUGGCGAUGUUCAGCAGUUGAAGGAUCUGGUGAACAAGCAGGAACAAUAUUCGAAGAUGGUGGUGGUGGAGGCCAUGGCGAAGCAGCAGGGGAAUAUGGAUCCCCAUCUGCUAGCACUGGCAUCCAGCGGCUCUUCUGAGAAACUGCAAGCUCUUUUCAACAGGAAAGAUGGUCAAUCCUCUGGCCAGAGCACCGAGAGAAGCUUGACUACACGGCGAGUUAGCUCUUACGGUGACGCAGAAGCAAAUGAGUCCAUCCUGGAAGGGAAAGGGAUCACUGCUGAAGGUGACACUGCGCUCCAUGUGGUGGCCGCCUCUGGUCAGGGAGAUAACUUCUUUACUAGGUCCAGAGAAGCGAAGCAUCUCCUUCUUGUGGACCAAAACAACAACAGGCGGCAUCCAACCCAUGCUGAACGCCAUGCAUUGACCACCUACGGCUACGGCGAUGGUGAUAAUUUCUUGGAGAGCGCUCGCAUCAUCUACGGGAAAGCGAAGCACCUCCUCUUUGUGCAAAACAACAAGGGUGACACCCCUCUGCACUGCGCUGUACGGGCGGGGAAAUCCAACAUGGUUGCUUGCCUCAUUGAUCUUGCUUCCGCUGAAGGUGAGGAUAUGAUCAAGGAACUGCUGCGGAAAGAAAACAAGCACAAGGAGACAGCAUUGCAUGAGGCGGUCCGUGUUGGGAACAAGGACAUAGUAGACCUGCUCAUGGGGAAGGACUCAGAAUUGGCCAGCUUUCCUCAAGACGGCGGUGCAUCACCUGUGUACCUAGCCAUCGUGCUAAAACAGGAUGAAAUUGUGAAAACACUAUAUGACAAGACUAGUCAUGGAAAGCUUUCCUUCUCCGGACCAAACGGACAGAAUGCAUUGCAUGCUGCCGUUCUCCGAUACCAAGCCCGAGACCUUACGAAAUUGUUAAAAUGGAAUGAAACACACCUCUGCCCGCAAAAUAAGGACCUUACCACACAACGGGAUGAAAAUGGGAGUACUCCACUUCAUUUUGCCGCAGCUAUAAAGCUUCUAUUUAGGCCAUCAAGCAUUUGCCAGCAAGUAUUGGAAGCUAAUCCCGAUGCCAUGUAUCAACCAGACUAUUCCGGAUUUUUUCCCAUACAUGUUGCUGCCUCUGUAGGUGCUUCCUGUAACGUUGACAUGUUUGUUAAAAGAUGCCCUGGUAGCGCGGGUCUGUGUGAUGAUAAGGGAAGGACAUUUCUGCAUGUUGCUGUUGAGAAAAAGGAGGCGAGUGUAAUCAGGAGUGCCUGCAGAAAUCUAUCACUAUCAUGGAUUAUGAAUAUGGUAGACAACGAUGGGAACACUGCACUUCACCUUGCUGUCGAGGCAGGGAGCCUUCAAAUGUUUUGUCCUCUAUUGGCGAAUCCACAAGUAAAAUUAAAUUUACCAAACAGUAGAGGGGAGACUCCAUUAGAUAUAGCAGAAUAUAAGAUUCCUGAAGAUGGAUUCUACUAUCCUAAGAACAGUGAAGUACAAAUAUGUCGCACACUCAGAAUUGCCGAUGCUGUGAAGGGUGCCCAUCGCCAUGAUCACUUGAAAGAUAAGACAGUAAAACAUGAUGAAAGUAAAGAAAUGGAGGUGGUGAAAGACUCGACGGGAGCUCUGUGUAUUGGUUCAGUUCUAAUAGCAACCGUGACAUUUGGCGCAACUUUUGCUGUCCCAGGAGGUUACAUAGCUGAUGAUCACAAUAAUGGAGGCACACCAAUCCUUGCUCGAAGGGUUGGAUACCCGAAAAGAACCAAGCUUUGGCUGCCGAUGUGCAUUGACCGAUCCCAGAGCUUUGAGCCUCUCUAUACAAUCAACAGCUCCAUACAUGGACAGGCACAAUAUAUUCCCAACACUGUCCUAUCUUCAAUGACUCGAACCACCUCUGAUCAUGUGCCACUUAAGAUUGAAGUCUCCACGUCAGUUCCGAAAUCAACCGUCUUCAGGUUCGAAAAUCACUGGAUUCAUGCAGCCGGCUUUAGUGAUCUAAUCUCCAGUGUCUGGACUACCCAGAGUCAAGGCACCAACCCGGCUGCUAGCAUCUCUGCCAAGCUGAAGAAUACCAGAGCUGAACUCAGAGCGUGGCGAAAAAAUAGGCCCAGCAUUGCGCAACAAGAGACGGACUGCAAGCAGGUUGUUAACAUUUUGGAUCACAUCGAGGAAAUACGCCCUUUUUCUACACCUGAACUCAACCUUCGUUCCAUUAUAGUCUGCAUCCUGGGCCGUGUCACGAAGGCUAAACUGACUCACUGGAAACAACGGAGUAAAGUUCGGGCAGCCAUUGAAGGAGAUGAGAACACAAGGUAUUUUCAUGCUUGUGCCAACCAACGCUUGCGUGGCAACAAGAUCCAAAUUAUAGAACACAAUGGCUUUGAUCUGACGGGUCACAACCAGAAAGCUCUAGUUCUCUAUUCUUUCUAUCUGAAUCUGCUUGGCUGUCCCGAUCUCACUACCUGGAAUUUUCGGCUCAGUGACAUCUACCCAGAAAAUACCCCUACCCUUAGAUUGCCUUGA